UGUUGCCUUGUAGUUUGCAGCUCCACUGCCCAAAGCUGAUUCUUCGCUCUCUGUUCAUCAUCGAUCAAAGCCCAAGCUCCAAAAUGAGACACUCAUGGCGAUUGCUCCUUCUCCGCACUUACACUCGCUCAUCGCCCCACGUCUCGUCCACUUCUCCCCAUCUUCAGCGCCAGGUAAAGGCCUCUUGCUCGCCGUAUCUCUCGUCCCUUCGUACGCUCCCCCAGCUAUCUCCGUCUCUAAGCCCUCGUCAUUUCUCUUCCGAGCCAAUGGCUGAACCAAGCAAGGAUUCGGAUAAUAAUCAUUUGCACGUGUCAGAUGUGUUCACUAAAUUCAGCGACGUCAAUGAUAUAGGCAGAGAGUUGGAACAAUCUGGGGUGGUUCUUACUCAUGAUUUGGUGUUGAGAGUGUUGAAGUCUCUGCAGUCUAAUGUCGAUGCAGCUAGGCGGUUUUUCGGUUGGGUUUUGGAGAAGGAUGAACAGAGAUUGAGCUCCAAAGGGUAUAACUGGAUGCUAGGGAUUCUAGGCACGAACGGUUGCACGGUGGAGUUUUGGGAUUUGGUUGUAAUGAUGGCGAAAAAGGGUUAUGGUAUGUCGAGGGUUACACAUGAUAGAGUGAAGGAUAAAUUUGAGAAAGAGGGACUUGAUAGUGAUCUAAGGAAGUUGAGAGCAGUUUUUACAUCAGCAUCAGCAGACGAUUCGGUGGAGAAGCUUGGUGUAAGAAUUUCUAGGGUCAUAAGAAAUAAUGUUUGGUCGGAAGAUGUCGAAACACAGAUAAAGGAAUUCCAUGUCACAUAUUCAACAGAUUUGGUGAAGACCGUGGUGGACAGUUUAGCAAUGGAACCAAACAAAGCCUUGAUAUUCUUCAGGUGGAUUGAUGAGAGUGGGUUGUUUACUCAUGAUCAGGGGAGUUACAAUGCGAUAGCCAGAGUACUGGGGAGGGAGGAUUGUAUAGAUAGAUUCUGUAAGGUUACAGAUGAAAUGAAGAGCAAGGGGUAUGAAAUGGAGGACGAGACUUUUGCUAAGGUGUUGGGACGAUUUGCCAAAAGAAAACUGCACAAUGAGGUUGUGGACUUGUACGAGUUUGCUAUGGCUGGUGUAAACAAGCCUCCAUUGUCUUGCUGCGUCUUUAUAUUGAGAAAAAUAGCAGCAGCCAAGCAGCUGGAUAUGGUUCUAUUCUCGAGGGUAAUGAAGAUCUAUACUGGAGCUGGGAAUGCAUUAACCGACUCUAUGCUUGAUUCAGUUCUCAAAUCUCUAACCACUGCUGGUAGAUAUGAAGAGUGCAACAAAGUCUUGAAAGAAAUGAAGGAAUGUGGAUUUACUGCUAGUGGAAAUCUGCAGGGUAAGAUUGCAUUCAAACUUGGUAGUUCUCAUAAGAAGAACGAAGCGAAUGCUUUUCUAGAAGCUUUUGGAAGCUGUAUAGAAAAGAAAGCUUGGGUACCACUAAUCAAAGGCCACUGUGCAUCUGGCGAUCUUGAAACAGCAUCUGCUUGUUUCCAACAGAUGGCUUCCAAACUAGGUAUUUGUAAUACUGCUAGUUAUGCCUUUGAAUUGUUGGCAUCUGCUUAUUGCAGCAAGGACCAAGCUACAGAAGCAUGCAGUCUUCUACAUCAAUGUGUCAAGGAAAACCAAUUGAAGCCCUUUCAAACUACUUACAAGCUUCUGAUAAGCAAGUCUUUGGUUCAGGAGGGCGGGUUUAAGGAUGCUGUGAGUCUUUUGGAUUCUAUGAGAUCCCACGGAUUCCCGCCUUUUGUGGAUCCAUUUAUUAGUUACUUAUCCAAGAAUGGAACAGCUGAUGAUGGUGUCAUAUUUUUGAAGUCGAUUACUGCUUCUAAGAAAUUUCCAUCUACUCCUAUGGUGCUCCAAGUGUUUGAAGCAAUCUUGAAAAGUGGAAGGCGCAGUGCCGCCCAAGAUCUCCUCUCAAAAUGCCCAGGAUAUAUUCGGGAACAUGCCGAUGUCUUGAACCUUUUCUCUCCUACAGUUAAACCUGUUCAAGCUCCUGCUGCAGUUCCUGUGGCUGUGUAGUGGCCAUUUCUUGCACUGGGAUGGAUGGAUGGAUGGAUGGAUGGAUGGAAUGAAGGAGACGGAUCAAUGAGGGCAAAACGUGAUAUGAGUGUGACAAAACAAAAGGACCAGUUUGUCUUUGUCGCAGAAACAUGAGCUGAAAAGAGGCAUUUUGAUGGUGGGGAGUCCUGUUUUUUGUUUUUGUCAUCCACUCCCCGAGCUGUGUUUACUUGGCUGGCUGCGGUGGACCAGUGAAUGGAGUUGAGCUUCAUCUUCUUAGUUUUCAAGAUUAACGACAGGAAAGCAGCUCACUAAUUACAUUUGGCUGAAUGUGCAGCUUCCUUAUUUGUUUCUUCUGUUGAAUGUGGGUCUGAGAUACUGAGUUUAAGUUAACCCUUGGUUAGGGUUGAAAGUGUGGAUGUACCCUAGUUCCAUGUGCUUCUUGCCUUCUUCCGCUCUUAACAUCUCUCUAUACUAUGUUUAAGUAACAUGUCCCGUCCAUGAAAAUUCAUCAGAGAAUGUAGGUAAGUUACGG